AUGGCUUCAAACCCUACUGGUCCAGGUGCAACACCACCUGGAGCGCUACCCGCCGCUUCCACUGUUCCAAAUACGACAUGGAAUAGCAAUGCACAUUUACCAAGCCCUGCAGCUGUCAACGCCCGGAAUCCUAACACUCCAUCCAAGGCCAUUGGGAACGCCUGGGAUCACGUCCUAUACGUCCCUCCAUGGAUGGAUCCUGACUGGCAAGAUGAGGGCCGACAGCGAGAUCAGACAGACUUCAACAUCACUGAUUUCUUUGAUCGAAUACGCCCUGCUGUCCAUCCCAAGGACCAAUACAAAAAGCCAACAGAAUACGCCCAGCGGUUCAGCAUUUUUCCCGGUCGAUUUGAUGGCCGUUCGAGGGCAUCGCCGACUCGAGCCAACAGCAGGAAACUGAUCCACACUACUGCGGAUAUCAAGACAGGGAAAGACUUGUUUGAUAGUCUUGACUACUCGGCAGCACAGGACGGUAAGACCAUCGAUGAGUACAUGGCCAGCGCAAGGCCAGAUAUGCAACAUGGGACCGAAACGGAGCAGCUGUGCAUGCAGCAGUAUGAGGACUUGGUCCGCGCUGAGGAUUAUUUCACAAUGCAGGAUGUAUCUUUCGAAGGCCUCUCUGGACCAAUCCACCCCCUGUUCGAUCGACACAUGUGGGCGGACACGACCGAGUUUGGGAAAGAACCGGAGACACCACGAUAUGUGUAUAACCUCAAUGGCGUGCGCGAGGAAUGGGAUCCAAGGACAAACGACCGGUUAUGGAAUGCGAUGCAGCCGGCUCUUCAACUUGCUACGCGUAUGCUUCUUACCAAUCACCCCUGCAUCGUUGGCAUGCAGGAUGUCACGAACCGGUACAGAGUUCCUGAUCACCUCUACAAGAAUCGGAAAGGUCAGGAUCCCGACGAAGUUAAAUACAAGAUCAAAUCAGACCAGCAACCCCUCGACCCGGAACACGUCAGGGGUGCCCAGCAACUGCAGAGCUGUCCUGGGUUUUCGGCCCCAGCCGCAAGCCAGCGAACUCUUGAGAGAGUUAUGGAUCUGAAGCUCCAGAGCGCGUUUUACUCGAGUGGCGGCAAGUACAAGGAUCACUGCAUCGCCCGCACAUUCAUGAAUGGGGUUUCACACCGAGAGGGCACUAUCAAGGUCACGAUCGAUGCCGAGUUGCUUUGGAUAGUCAUGUCGGACAAAUAUAGCAAAAGCGAGAAGAUGGUGGCCAGUCUUGUGUUUGCUGCUGCGCUGGUUCAUGAGAUGAUGCAUGCAUUUGUGUCCGUUGCCGCGAAAUGGGUGCUCAACCCUCAGGAAUUUGGAAUUACGGAUCCUGCUGAGGUCCAAGCCUGCGGUGAUUUAUGGGAUGAGCUCUGCCCAGACGACAAAUGGCCGGACGAACCCUACUAUAACGACGACCCAUGGAAUGAAGCUGGCCAUGCCUUCGAGCAGCAUAGUUCUGCACCCAUGAUAGCAAAGUGUAUGUUCCCUGCGGGUGCGUACAAUUCUCCGCCUCACCUAACAGCUCCCCAUAUGCGUAUGGAGCAGCUCAGCCAUUUUACGCGCAUCGAUGAUGUCCGACCGUUCUUCCAUCAAGGCUUCUGGGACGUCUCCGUCAAGAAGUACGGUACAGCAGCCUUGAGAGAACCGUCUGACAGACUUCACAAGAUCAACUACAACCCGGCCUCAGUCUCUAUGACACGUAGCAUGUGGAAGAUGGCCAACCUAGGGACUCGUGAAGACAGGGAUUGGGUGCUCUACGAUUUUCUCAACUGGCUUCAUGAGAAGGGCAAAUCUGUCCUGUUUGCAUAUUUUACAGCCCUUGUCCAAGACGCCAUCGAGUUUGGCUCUCUUCUUUGGAGAUUGCAACAAGAAAGCCAAGGAUGGAGCGAGCGCGAUGCCAAAUGGGCAGGGCUUCAUGGGGAAGCAAUGAUGCUGAUUUACGAGUACGCCGGCUACACCAUAAUGGCCAACGCUGGGAGGAACGCGACAUCCAACCUUCCAGCAGACAAGAUUGCUGAGCUGAAGGACCUGUAUGAUGAAUGGGAUAAGGUGAGGCGGCGCAUUGGCAGGUGUCCCGAUGACGAGUCUACCAUCUGCGCAGGCAUGGGCCCCGAAUUCUGGCGCAUCCAGAUGCUGGCCACAAGCAGAGAUCGCUACGAGGCACGUCUGGUGUCUAAGCUCAUCGACUUGACUCGCGAUCUAAUGGAUGAAUGCGCGUGGUUAGAAAAUGUGGUGUGCGAAUUCUAUCAACUCCCUCUCUCAUAUUGGACAGCCUACAGGCAAAAAUUCCCCAAUCAAGCCGGACAGAUAGCGACCCGAGCAAAAAGGAUUGGGUCUGCUUUAGCGGACCUGCUUACGGUAAUGGGACUCGCCGAAUUCGAUAUGCCAUCGUGGAACAGAGAUUGGGACGGUCGGAUCCUUUCGCUUGGAGCGAGAUUCGUGACCGUCGCAGGGCUGAUGGUCUUGAACCCGCUCAAGUAUGAGAAGAACUGGCGUGGCCUGUUGCCUUCUAUGCCUAAUUUGCGCAAAACUAGUCAGAAGCGACAUCAGGUGUGGUACUUUCUGGCGAAGAAGGAGAUGCUGAGCAUGGAGGGCGAAGUUCUCGACAAGGUGCGCGAGUUUAAGAAUCGGUACCAAAACCUGUUGCACUUGGGAGGUUCCAAGGUCAUACUCCCUGAGUAUGACCCGGAUGAGAUCGCAUUGGCACAGAGAUGGGCUGGGACACUUGAUGAUGAGGAUGGCAAUACCGGACAGGGAAACCCCCUUGCCAGGCCUUCCACGGGUGUCUUUGACACCCAAGGGGUCCAUGACCUGGUCCGUCGUCUUCAGGAACAGGCCCAGCAGGCUGAAGAUGACAAGCUUAAACGCGCAGCGGCCAGUGGCCAGCCUCCAACCCUUCAGCAAAAUGCAGCAUCUCAGGCUACGCAGGCACCCAUCAUCUCGCCCAAGAUACAGCACAUGGGGAUGGGGAUCCAGACGGCACCGUUUGGCAACCUACAACCGCCACCCAAUAGUGCGUUUGCUCCCUACCAUUCUUCAUCAGCGGGCUCUGCUUUCCCUUCGCACACGCCUGGUGCUCCAUCUGCUUGGGCAGCAGGCAACUCGACCACCCUAGCACAGCAAGUCAACAAGCCUCUUGGUGCUCCACGGACUCUGGGGGGUGUUCGCAAGACGUCUAUCGCAGGGUACGGCAUCCUACCACAUCCGUAUGCUGUCCGAGAGACGGUCACAAGCGAUCUCACCAAUACAGCGCAGACGACUCUUCUGAACAACGAUCCCAGCACUUUUGCUCAACAUGCUCCCCGACAAGGCGAUGCGCCUCGGCAGGGUCGGCAGGGAGCUGGGCCUCUGGGCGACAUGGACCAGAUGUGGGAACAGCAGAAGGUUGUGCCCAACACAGGUAACCAGGAUGAGGACGGUGAUGUAGAGAUGGCAGACGCCAACCUUGCAGGCGCAUUUGUUAUUGAGGUCAGCAGCGACGACUUGAGUUCGUCAGCUGGCGAUGACGACGACAGGUCGGAGCGGGAGGACAGUGAGUCGACAAGCGUCGAGUCUUGGAGUGAAGAUGAGUUCAAGCCCGGUGCAAAGUCGAGGGCUCGACAGGGUUUAAAGCCACGGCUAGGGUUUAAGCGCAAGGCCCCAUGGAUGGUUCCCAAUCCGAGGCAGGCCUGGCUGACUCAAGGAGGAAGCCAGAGGAAGAGGAGGAGACUCUGA